UGCAGUGUCGAUCUCCCGUCUCGGCGGCCGGUGCCCCGCCCGACUGGGUCCGGCGACAGCACCCGUCCAACGCGGCCGUUGACUCACCGGCCAGACCCAUCUGGAAUUGUAUGCACACGUGCAAUCUGCAGCCAUGGCCAACAAAACAAUCAUCGCCUUCGACCUGUACGGCACGCUGCUCUCCACCGACUCCAUCGCGGCCGAGCUCGCCAAGACGGUGGGCCAUGACGCCGCCCGCUCGCUCGCCACGCUCUGGCGGCGGUACCAGCUCGAAUACUCCUGGCGCAUCUCUUCCAUGAGCCACUACCGCCCCUUCAGCGCCAUCACGCGCGCCUCGCUGCAGCACGCCGCCGCCGAACUGGGCCUGGCCCUGCCGGAGCCCGACAUCGAAAGAGUGAUGAAAGCAUACGACUCACUGCACGUGUUUCCCGACGUCCCUCCGGCCCUGCAGCAGCUCGAGAAUGCACCCUGGGUCGACGCCUACGUCUUCUCCAACGGCACCCCGGCGGCGCUUGCCGCGUCGGUGCGCAACUCGCCCGACCUGGGGCCACACGCUCACGUGCUGAAGGGGCUGGUGAGUGUCGACGAGGUAGAGGUCUUCAAGCCUGACAGGAGGACGUAUGAGUAUUUGUUGAGGCGGGUGGGGAAGGAAGACGCGCCGCACGGGGUCUGGCUGGUGAGUUCGAAUCCGUUUGAUGCGCUCGGCGCGGUGGCUGCGGGGCUGCGGUCGGCUUGGGUCGACAGAGGCGGGAAGGGGUGGAUUGACCGGCUGGGGGAUGUGCUGGGUGAUAUGCGGCCCACGUUGGUGGUGUCUGGCGUUGACGAGGCGGUGAGGGAGAUCCAGCGACGUCUUGAUGAUACCCCUACGGCCUAGCAGCUGCGUUUUGGCAACUGCGGAAUCAUCACCUGAAGAUAGCAGCUUCAAGCGGUGUUUGAUGCGCACUCAAGACACCCCGCCACUUGACCUGACCCUGACACGGCUCUGGGGGUUUUUAUCCCCUUUCAACUUUCUGCCGCGUACCUCAGCCAAGCGCCUGCUCCGGAACUUGGUGUGUCAAGGGGCAAGGAUAGAAGGAUAGGAUGGUCAACCCAGGGGUAGAAAGGAUCAUAUCAAGGGUUAGGGUUAAAAUUGCGAUAAGAUAAGAAUUUUGCUUGUUUGCGAGGUUCACUUUUCUACCGUGUACG